GAAUUAGUGUUUGGGCACACUAGUUUCUGUGGGCAAUAAACAAAAAGUGAACUCUUUUGCAGCAAGUUCAACUACAAAUAUGUAGGAGUAUAAUUUUUGCAGCAAGAAAUUAAAUAGCAGCAACAAUAUGGAGCGCUUCGCUUUCAAGAUUGAUGCGGCUCUCAAAGCAAACUUGUACAAGAUCUGUCGUUUGUGCGGCAUCGAUAAUCCGACGAAGGUGCCAAUACUACCCGUUGAGAGUGAUGUUGUGGACCUGGACGAGCCCAGUCUGAGCCAAAAAGUUUUCGAAUUGGUUGGCUUUACGGUUACGCGCAACGAUAAAAUGCCGCAGACAAUGUGCAGCCUGUGCGUGGAUAAAAUCAAUGAUUUUUAUGAGUUUAGAGAAAUGUGCUACGCAACAAACAAUCAAACUCGAAAACUACUUGGCCUGAAAAGUGUGGAUCCCCAAAAGAUUGUAGAUGUGAAACCGAUAUUUAAAAGCGAGCCGUUAACAGCAGCCACACCUGCCAAGCGCGGGCGUAAACGUAAAACGGAAGACGCCGCCAGUAGCAGUAACAAAUCAAAUACCCCUGAUAUCCCUUUGGAUGCUGUCAAAAAUGAGCCACUAAGCUGGCGGAAAAAGCUGCGUUUGCAGCCUCAGCCACAGUUGUUGACAGCGAACAAAACGGAAAUAAAGGAGGAGCCUGCUGAGGUAAAAAAGUGUUCAAUAUCCGCCAAGAAGUCUCGGAAAGCCAUUUGCAGUGUGUGCAGUGAACGUUUCGAGAGCAAGGAGCUGGCCGAGCAGCAUAAGGCAGCAGAACAUGUACCCACAAUAUUGCGCUAUUAUUGUACCGCCUGCAAUCAGGGUCAUCACAAUCUCAGCGAUAUCAAAGCCCAUCAGCUAUGGCACAAGCUCUCUAAGACACCUUACCAGUGCCCACUGUGCAAUGCAAGCAUAGCAAACAAUUAUGCCUACUCUCGACAUCUGCGCGAGCAUACAUCACCCACCCCUAUCGAGUUGCUGGUGCUAGAUCGCGAGUGUCCACUGUGCAAGAAAACGUUUCUAACAAAUUUCUUUUACAAUACACAUCCCUGUGCCCGGCGCACACGCCAAUGUGGUGGGUGCAACCGGCCGCUCAGCAGUGAAGUUGCCUAUAUGCGCCAUGCGCCGCAUUGUGCAAAGAUCUACUUGAAUCACUCCAAGCACAUAAUGCCUGAGGCUGCUAGCCAUGAAUCAGAGAUGCGUAUCAAAAACGAAAACGAUUUGGAAGCCGAGGAUAAUGCGCAAUCAUCCAAUGUAUACACAAAGCAAAUUGAAAUGCAGCCAGUGGUUGUGCUCGAACGCUUGGGAUCACCACUAUUGCGCGCUUCAUCCGCGGGUCGUAGCGCUGACCGGGUGUCAUCCAAAAAUUAUUUGAAACGCGUCGAUCAGUUGCUUAAGAACACAAUGAACACGCUUGUUAGCAUUAAGCACGAGCCGGAGGUGCACAUCGAUGACACUGUGCCACCGCUAGCCUCUGAAGAGCCUGAUAGCGACCCAAGUGAUGAACCGCCUCCUUGUGAUGACUUCCAUGCAGAUGCUGGCUACGAUGAUAGCGACGAGGAUGCAGCCAAUGGCAGUGCCAAUGCAGAAGCUGUUCCCUCAUCUAAUCCGACAGCUGAGUCUGUGAAACAGGAAGUCAUUGAUGAGUCCUACGAGAAGCAGUUAAUGUCCAGCAGCGAUGGCAUGCAAAUAAAGCAGGAGCCACUUAAGCUGAAGCUGAAGAUAACCAAAAAUCAUGGGCAGCUCAAUUCAUCAAUCGUGGAUGAUGACAAUGAGGUGCAGUCCAAGAGCGCUAAAAAGAAAAAGAAACGAAAGCAUAAGGAGCGUAAUAAGGAUUCGGAAGCUAGCGAUAAAGCAACGGAAUCGGCCACAGCUCCUGAGGAAUCUCCAAUCGAAGAAAGCGUAGAGACUGCAGGGAGUGCUAUUAUGAAUAUAAAGCAGGAACGUUUGGAUGACAGCUUUGCUAGUGAUUUUGCGCCACGGGAAGAGUUCGAGCCACAAUCUACGGUCAUGACGAGUAUACCACUGCUACAACUGGAGCGUAACUACACCGAGGAAAGCCAAAAGUUACCCGAAGAGCAAGAAGAUGUUAAGCCGAAUCGAUUGGAACUCGAUCGCAUAAUGCAAAUAACUCAUAUAGCUAGCGGUGUGCUCAUGGCAGAGGAGGCAAUGCCACUAGAGAACGCCGUGGAAGCAGUGCCCCAGGAGGACCAUGUGGUCGAAAGGCCAGCAAAUCCCACUAAGAAGAUUGCAACAAAAUCUACAGCACGUAAAAGCACGGGAGGCGCCAUGCAACGGAAUGUUGCGUCUUCGUCAAAUUCACUGCCAACCACAGUAGAGCAGCUACCACAAAUUGUGGCAGUGGAAAGUGGUGCCUCGGUGCCUUUCAAUUCAGUUGCUAUCAAACCGGAGCCCCUGAAUCGUGGCUACGCGGAUGAGGAGCUGGAGUGGAGCGGCCAAAAUGAAAUGGAAGCAGAGCAUGAGACAAACAAAUCCAAUGAGAUAAACCACAAUGACAGCAGAGACGAUGAGGCGGCAUAUAUAAACAGUCUAGACUUAAGCAAUGUAAUUAUUAAGCAGGAGAAGGACUUGCAUAUCUCGGAUGUCGAUAUCAAUGGCAGUGAAGCUGACAACACGCAUUACAAUGGCUUGCACGAGAGUGAGGAUAGUGCGGAAGAUGAAAACGUCGACGGCGAUUAUGACGAUGGUAGCGCCUCGUCUGCCGAUGAAGCAGACGAGAACAUGGACACGUACGAAGACCGGGAGGAACGCAUUUAUCGUGAAAUAGAACUACAACCGUUAGAUGAGCCGGAUACGGUUAAAAGCCCGGCUCCAGAAACGCAAAAUGAGUCCGUAAUGCCACAGAAGCCAACGGAGCCGCAUCCGGAAAUAGCAACAGAUUCGGCCCCGGAGCCAGAGGGCACGUCAAUGGAGACACAAAGGGAGGCACAGGAAGAGCAGCCUCAAUCAAAAAUACAGACAGUGGAAACAGCCAUAACCGCAUUGGAGGAACAAACAAUUGUUGAGACACCAAGCGGAUCGGAAAUACAUUCGGGAGAGUCCCCAGAUAUGGUCGUACAGUCAGAGUCUGAUCAAGAAAGACAACAAAAUUUGUUGGAGUUGCCAGAGGAACCACAAAUCCCAAGCGAGUCCGAGUCUCAACCCCACCCACACAGUGAAUCAGCUUUCAAUUUUGUCAUCACUAGUGUCUGUAGUCAGGCAGAGCAGCAUCCAUUGGCAGCUAACGACGAGCAGCUCGAAGACAUCAACUCGGAGCCACCUCAGUUGGAUGCCGGUGAGAAAAGCGCAAAAAGUGAGGAGCAAAACACAUCUCCGGUUGUGACCCUAAGCGCGCCCAAGGAUAGCGAGACACUGGCCCAGCCAGUCUACGCCAGCUCCUCGAACUACAAUUGCGCUGAGGAGCAACAGAAUGUGCUCAACCAUGAGCUGUCCGCCACUGUGCAAGAGACACAUCGUGAGACGGAAUCGGAAACAGAUCCCUCGACCGCAGCAGUUUGCAUUGCGGCGCUAGCUGAAGAUGCUCACAGCGCCAACGAAGAGACUGAGAACCGCAUCAAUGAGCAGCAGCAGCAACAGCUGGAGCAAGUGCAGCUGGAGCCGAUGCAACAGCGUUUGGCACUCGAUGAUGAUUCGAAUAUCAAUGAAAUAGCAGAGAAUAACAAUAAUGCCAACAUUGAACGGGAGCUCAACGACGAUGCAAAUGUGGCUCAGGAAAACCCAAUGGAAUAAGAUAAAUUUAAAUUCCUAACUAAAUUUAAGCAUACACUUACGUUCGCUUAUAUAGACGCCAUAAACUCACUUUGUAAAUAUAUAAUACACGUAUUUCAUACAGAAUCCUUAACUUAGUCGCAUAAUACUCGUAUAUAUAAUAUAUACGUUACCAAAAUUCGAAUAAUUUAAUGCAUGUAAAUUGGAAAAUAGUUUAAGUUAGAUAUACACAACUUUAUUUACGUUAAUUACAUAAAUUAAUGGCUUAUAUAAUACAAUAUAGAAUACAU